AUGCUCUCCUCGCCCACCUGCACACAGCCUGGUGCUGGGCCUCACACUUGGGCCUCUGUUUCAACAGCAAACUUGUAUCGAUAUUUUGGACAUGCUGCGUCCAAUACACCCAUUCUUUUCCCCUCCUCGGGCGACUUGAGAGGCUUGCAGCACGAUGCAAAAGCAUCUUUUGAUGCUUGUUUUGUCGCACAACUACCAGCUGGCCCGAGUCUGGCGGCCAAGAAUCGUGAGAAGUCAAUUUCAUCACUAGCUGCUUGGCUGUGGCCAAAAAGCACGCCUUUACGGGCUGGGCAGACCGAAAGAUUCAUAAACGCAACGCAGCUAUUCUCGACUCGGCCAACCGCAAUUUACCCCAAAAUGAGCGUCCCAGCAUCAGGACUCCCCGAUGGACGGCAAAGUUCUCAAAGCAAGCCCUCCCGUCAUGUCCAUCUGAAUACUAUGGUCCCCUCCUGCGCAAUGACUGUCGUCUGGGCAAAGCUGCCUGGGGAUGUCAUGCCAGGCUUGGAGUUGAAACGCACCACUGGCGCCUUCGUUCUGAGCGCCAAUAGUGUUGGUUCAGAUGCCGCCGCAUGGUUGGCCAAAGCCACAAAUGCAAUUGUUGCUGCCAGCGAGCUUUGCAUUGUAGAAUCCUCAAAGGCAUUACAGCAUUGCAGUAUCCCCAAUGCCAUUCGAAAAUUGCAUUCAGUAAUACAACGUUCUGGCCUCGCACCAAGCUUGGAAUACUCGACUAUGACAAAUUCCGAGCCUUUGGGCGCUAGAAGGAUACCACGACAGACUGUGUGUGCACUUCUGUCCACGAAGGGUCAAGCCCCAUUGAGACGGCAUUCUUUUCCAAACAAGAAUCCAUUGUCUGGUUGCACAUUCCAGUGCAGGGGGGCUCCUGUACUCAUAGCAGCAUCAUGGCUGUCUGAUGCCGAUACGUUCCGUCCCGCAUUAACCAUUCGGCUAAGGAAUGCCUAA